AUGCCGCCGUCUCCCGGCUGGAACCUGCUCGGGCUCAGCCUGGUCCUGGCAACCUUUUGUGGGGCCCUCGAGACUGCGGCGCAGGGGAACGCGGUCACAGAUGCUCUGAACAUCCUUUUCAUUGUCGUGGAUGAUUUGCGCCCCACCCUGGGGUGUUAUGGGGACAAGCUGGUGAGGUCCCCAAACAUCGACCAGUUGGCAUCCCAUAGCCUCCUCUUCCAGAAUGCUUUUGCCCAGCAAGCAGUGUGCGCCCCAAGCCGUGUGUCCUUCCUCACUGGUAGGAGGCCCGACACCACCCGCCUGUAUGACUUCAACUCCUACUGGAGGGUACAUGCUGGAAACUUCUCCACCAUCCCUCAGUUCUUCAAGGAGAAUGGCUAUGUGACCAUGUCGGUUGGAAAAGUCUUUCAUCCUGGAAUCUCUUCCAACCACAGUGACGACUCACCAUACAGUUGGUCUAUUCCACCGUACCAUCCCUCCUCUGAGAAGUACGAAAACGCUAAGACCUGUAGGGGGAAAGACGGAGAACUCCAUGCCAACCUGCUUUGUCCCGUGGAUGUGGCAGAUGUGCCUGAGGGGACCUUGCCUGACAAGCAGAGCACUGAGCAAGCCAUCCAACUGUUGGAAAAGAUGAAAACAUCGGCCAGGCCUUUUUUCCUGGCUGUUGGGUACCAUAAGCCGCAUAUCCCCUUCAGAUACCCUAAGGAGUUUCAGAAGUUGUAUCCCUUGGAGAACAUCAGCCUGGCACCCGACCCCCAGGUGCCUACUGGCCUCCCCCCUGUGGCCUACAACCCCUGGAUGGACAUCAGACAGCGGGAGGACGUGCAAGCCUUGAACAUCAGUAUACCCUAUGGCCCCAUUCCUGUGGACUUUCAGCGGAAAAUCCGCCAGAGCUACUUUGCGUCUGUCUCAUAUGUGGACACACAGGUCGGCCGUCUUUUGAGUGCUUUGGACAGUCUUCAGCUGGCCAGCAGAACGAUGGUGGCGUUCACCUCUGAUCAUGGAUGGUCUCUUGGUGAGCAUGGAGAAUGGGCCAAAUACAGCAACUUUGAUGUCACCACUCGAGUGCCCCUGAUGUUCUAUGUUCCUGGAAGGACGGCCUUGCUUCCACAGGCAGGCGUAAAGAUGUUUCCAUACAUCGAUCCUUUUGAUUCCAUCUCAGAAUUGAUGGAGCCAGGUGGGCAAGCUGAAGAACUUGUGGAACUUGUGUCUCUCUUUCCUACGCUCGCUGGACUGGCGGGGCUGCCAGUUCCACCCCGCUGCCCGAUUCCCUCCUUUCAUGUUGAGCUGUGCAGAGAAGGCCAGAACCUUCUGAAGCAUUUUCAGUUUCACGACUCGAAGGAGAAUUCAGACCUCCAUGGUAAUCCCCGUGAGUCCAUUGCCUACAGCCAGUACCCUCGACCUGCAGACUCCCCUCAGUGGGACUCUGACAAGCCGAGUUUGAAAGAUAUAAAGAUCAUGGGCUAUUCCAUCCGUACUAUAGACUAUAGGUAUACUGUGUGGGUUGGCUUCAAUCCUGAAGAAUUUCUGGCUAACUUUUCAGACAUCCAUGCAGGGGAGCUAUAUUUUGUAGAUUCUGACCCUUUGCAAGAUCAUAAUGUGUAUAAUGACUCCCAAGGUGGAGAAUUCCUCCCAGCAUGGCUGCUGCCUUGA